AUCUGUGAUUUUGAUUUUGACAGAUUAACCCAAACCUGAAACCAAAAUAAAUAAUGCAUUGAAUAAUAAUGCAAAACAUGAAUUGAUCUGAAAACAAUGAAUGUAUCUUCAAUUAAAACAAUCAGCGCGGAUUCACCUAAAACUCCGGGAGGUAUAAGCAAGUCUUUACUAACCCCUUGUCGUAGAGUAGGGCUCUCCCGUAAAUGGAAGAAAAGUGGCGUCUCGCCCUUUAUAUCGCCUUUAGGCAGUUCUAGUAGCAAUAAAGAAGUUAAACUAGACAAUGAAAUUAGAAAGAGGAAGAAAGGUAAUGCAGAGGUGGAAGAAAAAGACUUAGGGGAGGAUUCAAGUGAAGGAAUUACUUCAGAAACUUGUGAUACCCCUAAAAUAAAAAUAGACCGAACACCUACACGUGCCUUAUUGCCUAGAAAGAAGUCUAAAACCGUUCUAACAACUCAGAAAUCUCAGGAAGUGAAAAAUGAACCUCAAAGUAUAUCAGAGUUAAGUGACAAAAAUAUUGUAACUAAUGAAGAGAAAUUGCUACACGAUUGUACCAAACAAGUAAGUAAUGAUCCUAAUUUAAAAAUUAAUGACGAAAAUAUGGAAAUAGAGCCUUUUGAACAAGUUACCAAAGUUACAAAACUGUCUAGAAAAAAUUCUAAAAGUAGCAAUAAAAUUAAAGUUUUGGAAUCUCCAGUGAAAAACAAAACAGAACCCAAUCUAAAUAAGCCACUAACUGUAAACUCUGAUAAUAAUGAAGAUUUAGAAAGAAAAAACAGUGCAAUAAUGCAAGAUAUAGAUAAUGUCAAAGUUGAUUUAAAAGAAAAGAGUCCAAAUAAUUUAACAAAAGAAUGCAUAGUUGUUAUACAGAAGAAAAUAUUUAAAACUGAUAAAAUUACUAGUAAUAAUAUACCCAAACAUAAUAAAAAGGAAAGUGUAACAAAUAAACCAGCAUCACAAUCUCUAUUUGACUCUGAUACAGAUGAUGUACCACUCUCUAAUUUAAAUAGACCUGAUAACAAACCAAAAACAGGAAAUAAUGAUGCUUUAGAACAAAUCACUCAAAUCAAAAAUGUUACCAACGUUCCCAUAGUAAAAAAUACUCCAAAACUAAAAGAAACUAAUGCCAUAGAUCAAAAUUCCCAGAAUAUAAUAGAUCUUACAAACAAAGAUUCAGAAGAUACUGAUUUUAUUGAAACAAAAAAAGUUAACAUUAAAAAACCAGAAAAACCAUCUAUAACUGGAACAAAAAAUAACACAAAAGAGAAACCCAAAACAGCUAAAUUACAAACAAAAUGCACCCCUAAACCUUCACCACAAAGUUCAAAUUGUGAUGAAGAUGAUGAUUUUGAUUACGACAGAAGCAAAACAAUACUUGUUAAAAAAACUUACGAUAAAGUAGGGAAACUAUCGAAAGCCAAAUCAACGGGAUCUAUAACACAGAAAGAUAUAGACGACAUAACGGCAAGGAUAGAAACUAAGAAAAACUUAUUGCUUGUUAAAGCAGUAACAACAGAUGAGACUAAGGAAUUGAGGGAAUUGAUAAAAAAAUGGCAAGUAGGUUGUCAGACAGCAUUAAUGGAAUUGCUUGACUUAAUGAGAAAGAAAUUACCGGAUCAGAAUAUGGGACAGUCCGAGUUGUUACAAAUGUUAAAAAUACCACCAGAUUUGGUCGGUUAUGACUCUGAUAGUGAUAAUUUUAAUACCCCUGACGAUGCUGCUAUUAUUCUGUCUGCUUUAAAACUUAAUUGAUUAGUUUGUUUCUAAUUUUAAUGUUAUUUAAUUAAUUUAUUUAAAUUAAUUCA